AUGAAGGCAGCUCCUCUGCUUGUGUCCUGGCACAACGACAAUACGCCCAUCUACUCUGCCCACUUUGAACCCCACGGUAAGGGCCGGCUGGCCACGGCUGGAGGUGACAACAAUGUCAGACUCUGGAAAAUCGAGGGAAGUGGAGAAGACAGAAGCGUGACAUACUUGUCCACCCUCGCCAAACACACCCAAGCUGUCAACGUAGUACGAUGGUGUCCCAAAGGUGAAAUGCUCGCCUCGGCCGGGGACGACGGAAACAUUCUGCUCUGGGUGCCCGCCGAGAAUGCAGCCCUCCAUGCCACAAACUUCGGAGAAGAUGGACUAGAAGACAAAGAGACAUGGCGAAUCAAGACCAUGUGUCGCUCGACGGGAUCGGAAAUAUAUGAUCUGGCCUGGUCCCCGGACGGCGUCUACUUCAUCACCGGCAGCAUGGACAACAUUGCUCGCAUCUACAAUGCGCAGACAGGCUCGGUGAUUCGCCAAGUAGCAGAACAUAACCACUACGUCCAGGGCGUGGCUUGGGACCCGCUGAGCGAAUACAUUGCAACCCAGUCAAGCGAUCGCUCUGUCCACGUCUACACGCUCAAGACCAAGGAUGGCUCAUGUACCCUGACCAACCACAACAAGAUCAGCAAGAUGGACAUGCCCACCCGCCGUGUUUCGCAAAGCAGUCCUGCCCCGCCAGACUUCCGCGGUCGUGCAUCCUUCGUCGGUAACGAGUCUCCAGCUCCCAGUGCGCCCGGCACUCCUCUGUCGCUCGCCUUGCCCAUGAACCCUCCACAAACCACCCACAGCCGCCGCUCGUCCUUUGGCUCCGUCUCCGUCUCAGGCCAGUCGAUGCGCCGUUCCGUCUCGCCCAGUCCGUCAAUGCCCUUACCCGCCGUCAUGCCUUCUGCUUCGCCCAGCAUCGGUGGUGGCCUGAACGUGCCCGCACGCAGCACUGGCAUGUACGCCAACGAAACCUUCACAUCCUUCUUCCGCCGCUUGACCUUCGCUCCCGAUGGUAGUCUGCUCUUCACACCCGCUGGCCAGCACAAGGAAGCUCAUGCUCCUACAACAGAACCGAACAAGGCAGACGACGUGGUCAACAUGACAUAUAUCUACACAAGAGCUGGACUUAACAAGCCCCCUGUUGCAAAACUGCCUGGUCACAAGAAGCCUUCGUUAGCCGUCAAGUGUUCGCCCGUCUUCUACACACUGCGCGCUUCUCCCGUACCGACAAAGGACAUUACCAUCGACACGCAUGUAGACGACGAGAUUCCUCUGCUUCCGGAGCCUAUUGUACCUGCAAAAGCAAAUUCUGGCAUGGAACCUCCGCCGAUCGUGCCUUCUCCUGCUCCCAGCCAUGCUCACCCAGCCCCUCUGCCCUCGCCUAGGCCUGAAGAUGGUUCUGCUGCACCGACGCCCCUGGCCGGUCCUCCACCAGUCUUUGACCUUCCAUAUCGCAUCAUCUACGCCGUCGCAACACAAGAUUCAGUCCACGUCUACGAUACGCAGCAGUCCAAGCCGUUAUGUGUUGUCAGCAACCUGCACUAUGCCACAUUCACCGACCUUACCUGGUCAAACGACGGCAACACACUACUAAUCACAUCCUCGGACGGCUUCUGCUCCGCCCUGAGCUUCCAACCCGGCGAACUCGGCGUCUCCUACCAACAUCCCCCAAUCCCCCGACACAUUCCCUCAUCCAUGCCACAAUUGUUGCGCAAUCCUUCGUCACAAGGCUACGGUGCUCCCUCGCCUUCCCCAUUCACUAUGCCAGGUAGUCCCGCGAGGAGUCUGAGUACUGCCAGUGUGACUGGAAGUAUGGCUGCGCCUGAGCAGAGCGCUGAUACGCCUGAAAUGAGCAGUGUGCCGUCCCUCAUGGCUGCGAAUGGUGGUAGCAUGCAUGGGGGUAUGCCUAUGUAUACGCCGCCUCAGACACCUGGGUAUGUGGCUGCUACGCCUGUGAUGCCUGCUGCUGCACCUGUGGCUACCGCUGUGAAGAGAGAAAAUGAGGGUGGUGAUGAGGGUCCGAAAGACAAGAGACGGAGGAUUGCGCCCACACUCGUGUCGGAGCAAUGA